UGUGUGUCGCAACGCGGUGGGCGGGGCUACCGGUUCACAGGGUUAUAUAUAUCCCCAGCGGAGCAGUCCACGGGCAGUUCCAUGGUCAACAUGAAGCGGUUCUUGUGUCUCUCCCUCUGCCUGGCUCUCUGCCUCGUUUGCGUGACGGGGCUGAGGUGCAUUCAGGACGAAGGAUGCACAGAAGCGGCGAUUGCUGGCCUGGACUGCGAGUAUGGGCAUCUGCCGGGCAUCUGCAACAGGUGUGAAUGCGCCAAGGGGCCCGGUGAGGUGUGCGGCGGCCCCUGGGGGAGCUCAGGCUUCUGCGCCGAAGGACUCGUCUGCGAUAAGGACCCCGAGGACUUCAACGCUGAGGGCGAGUGUCGGCCAGGGAAGUCCGGCGAUAAGGGGCCGAAAAGAGGCUAAUAAACAAACACCGGAAAUGCAUUAAAGAUUAGCUGUUUGUUGAGUCCAGAGACGAUUGUAUAAAUGUCUAUGUAUCGAGAGAGAUUAUAUAAAUCGUCAACAGAG